UUAUACCAAGCGGAUUGGAAUCAAUUUGCGAGACUAGCCAGAGAAUAGUCACAAUCCACCAUAACUCCGAAACAUUUGUGUCCCUGAUGAUAUACGUAACCAUAAAUUCCUUGCACGACCAGGACGGAAGUAGCGUUAAACUGGGCGGUCUUGAAACCCACAUUGAAUCUCGAUCAUACCCACAUUGAAUCAGGAUUCCAGAGGCCAACUCUCUCAGCAGGCUAGCUUCCGUCCCUACAGUGGAAGAAAUCCGUAGCAUCAUCAGGAACAUGGGAAGCUUGAAAGCGCCUGGUAAAGAUGGUUUCCAUGCCAUCUUUUACAAACGCUGCUGGAAUACCAUUCAAGCCGAGCUCCGGGACUUUAUAGCUAGAUGUUUCCAGGAACCCGAGUCUAUCAGAAGGUGCAACUCAACACUGCUCACUUUGUUGCCUAAGGUGGACAGCCCGAGUAAUAUGUCUCAAUUCAGACCUAUUGGGCUAUGUAAUGUCAGCUACAAGAUCGUUGCGAAAUGCCUGGCUGACCGCCUUAAGUUGCUGAUGCCGGAUUUAGUUGAUGAGAACCAAACCAGCUUCGUUCCCAAACGCCACAUAACCAGCAACAUCAUCAUCCUGCAAGAGAUCAUCCACACUAUGAACCAAUUGAAGGGUGUGAAGGGCUUGAUGGUGCUGAAAAUAGAUUUGGCUAAGGCAUACGACAGGAUUAGUUGGAGCUUCCUCCGGUCUACCCUCGAAGCUGCAGGUUUUCCCCAGGAAUUCAUAUCUCUUGUCAUGGCCUGUGUCACGACAGCCAGUUUCCAGGUCCUGUGGAAUGGUAGCUGCACCGAGGAGUUCAAACCAACUCGUGGUCUCAGACAGGGAUGUCCUCUCUCCCCAUAUCUUUUUACUUUAUGCAUGGAACGUCUAAAUCAUAAUAUUAAAAAAUCUGUGGAGUGUGGUAAAUGGAAACCGAUCUGCUUAUCUAAAAAUGGACCACCCCUAACCCAUUUAUUCUUUGCAGAUGAUCUUGUACUCCUAGCCGAGGCGGAUGCCAAUCAAGCCAGGGUGGUGAUGAGUUGCUUGGAUCAAUUUUGUUCAGCGUCUGGGGAAAAAGUCAGCAAAGAGAAGUCGCGAGUCUAUUUCUCAAGGAAUACUAAGGAAAAAACCAAGAACAGGCUAAGUGGCCUAAUGGGGAUCCCACGUACUUCCAAUCUAGGCAAGUAUUUGGGUGUACCAGUUAUCCACGGGCGCGUAACGAAGGAAACCUACAAGUAUAUCCUCGAGAAUAUAGAUAGAAGGCUUGCGAGCUGGAAAACCAAAAGCCUGUCGCUAGCAGGAAGGGUUACAUUGGCUACUUCGGUACUCAAUGCGCUCCCGAACUACACCAUGCAAACUGCCGUCUUGCCCUGCAAUGUCUGUGAUCAGAUCGAUAAGAAGAUCAGAGGGUUUGUUUGGGGAAGAGAUAAUGGCAAGGAUAAGGCACACCUUGUCACAUGGGAGACAGUCUGCAAGUCUAAAGAAGAGGGUGGCCUUGGCCUUCGCUCAGCUAGAGCUCUGAACUUGGCAUACCUAAUGAAGCUGGGUUGGCAAUUCCUGAACAACGACGAGAGUCUCUGGGUCAGGGUACUUCAUGCAAAAUACGUUAAGCAGAACGAUGAUGGCAGCGUGGCAUUCCGCCAGCAGCGGGUCUCUCGGCUCUGGAAGGGGAUCAAGGAUGCCCUACCUCUUCUGAAACAGAACACCAUCUGGGACAUUAGGGAUGGUAGAAGCGUCAACUUCUGGAAAGACCAUUGGAUUUCGGCUGGCCUGGCGUUGAAGGACCAUGUUGUCACCAAUGAACACACCAUCGAGUGGGACAGCUCAGUUGCGGAGAUGGUGGAUUCAUCAGGUGAGUGGAAUUGGGGAACUAUCAAAAAUCACCUCCCUGACACGUUUCUUUCUCUUCUUGCAGGUACUGAUACCCCCCUCCAAGAAGCAGGGGAUGACACAAUUAUAUGGGGACAAGAUAGUGACGGCAGAUUUCGAAUUGGUAGUGCGUACAAGGUGGCGGUGGAAUGGCUGCAGGAAAAUAACCAUGGAGAUGCUGCUGAGGGCAACCACACCAAGUGGAUGAGCGCCUGGAAAUGGCCAGGACCAAAUCGAUUAAGACAUUUCCUCUGGCUCUGCCUACAUAAUCGCCUCAUGACAAAUAGCGAGAGAAAGCGGAGGAAUUUUGGUGACAGCGACACAUGCGAGUUCUGCAAGUCAGGACCAGAAACGACAGAGCACGUCAUCAGAAUCUGCCCCUUGGCAGCUCAGGUAUGGCAACGCCUUGGCUUAAUAGAGACCCCCCUUACACACGGUUUGAACUUUGCAGGUUGGAUGGCGACCAAUUUGAAGAAAGAAGGGACAAACCUGUUGUUUGGAGUGACGGCCUGGUUCCUGUGGAGAAGAAGGAACGAUUGGAUCUUUGAGAAGAAAUUUCAAGAAUCGGAGAUCCUGGUGCAUCGGAUCCGAGCGUGGGCUGCAGUUAUCAAGCAAGCACAAGACAAUAAUCGGAAGCUUCUCGUCGACACGACGGGGGACAAAACAAGACAAGAACUGGCAUGGCAACCACCACCUGCAGAUUGGAUCGUUAUCAACUCUGACGGGUCUGUCAAACACCCAAACUUGGCGGCAGCUGCAGGUGGCUUGCUCCGCAAUCAUCUUGGCCGAUGUGUAGGAGCCUUCGUCACCAACUUAGGAAGCUGCUCCAUCACAAGGGCGGAGAUCGUCGGGGCGCUCACUGGACUCCAACUCGCUUGGGAUCAAGGUCACAGGAAGGUACUCAUCCACAUUGAUUCUACUGCAGCGCUGGCCAUUUUAACAGGAAAGGAUCGAGAUAGCAGGCGGUAUCACAACCUCACUAGGCGUUUUCAGAACCUGCUACAGCGUAACUGGGAGGUUCAUCUAUCCCACUCUUACCGCGAAUGCAACAAAGCGGCAGACUACUUAGCUAAUAAAGCCCAUGGGUUUAGCCUUGGCACUCAUUCUUUCGAUAUUUCGGACUCGGGCCUCAAGUUUUGGAUCUUGUAUGACACUAUGGGGAUUACCCAGGAUCGGUUAAUUUAAUUUCAGGCAGGGGCGCCCUUUAGCGUCCCUCUUUCUACAAAAAAAAAAAGAGUACGUAGUUGAAAAUGAGAAGUUAUAGCUAUAACACCUCAUAUGCAUUGAGAGCAUAAUUAGAAUUCUGCAAUCCCUCGACCAUUAUUAGUGGAUUGCUUAGCUCAUAAAGACCAUUUUUCCAC